GCUCCAGCACUCCAGACCCUAAACGAGCGGAAAGAAGAUGGAUCGGGUUGUUUUGUUGAUCGUCGGGCUUUCGAUUGCCUGUGUCGCGACUGCAACGACUUUAACGGACACCUUCGCCGAGAAAAACCCGAUCAGGCAAGUGGUUGAUGGCCUGCAAGAGCUAGAGAGUUCUAUCAUCCAAAUCGCUGGUGACUGCUACCGUGCCCGCACCUUUGCUCGCUUUGCUCAUCUGUUUGGGAAGAGGUACAAGAGUGCUGAAGAGAUGAAGAGGAGGUAUGAAAUAUUUUCUGAGAAUUUGAAGAUGAUCAGAUCGCACAACAAGAAGGGACUUUCUUAUACUCUUGGUAUCAAUGAGUUUGCUGAUUUGACAUGGGAUGAGUUCAGUAGGCACAAGUUAGGAGCUGCUCAAAACUGCUCUGCUACCACGAGAGGCAAUCACAAGCUCACUGACGUUCUUCUUCCGGAAACGAAAGACUGGAGGAAAGCUGGAAUAGUGAGCCCGGUUAAAAAUCAAGGUCAUUGUGGAUCCUGCUGGACUUUCAGCACUACUGGAGCCCUUGAGGCAGCUUAUACUCAGGCAUUUGGAAAGGGUAUAUCUCUGUCUGAACAGCAGCUUGUGGACUGUGCUGGUGCAUUCAACAACUUUGGCUGCAAUGGUGGUCUUCCAUCUCAAGCCUUUGAGUACAUUAAAUAUAAUGGUGGACUUGAAACUGAGGCUUCAUAUCCAUAUACUGGAAAGGACGGUGCGUGCAAAUACUCAUCUGAAAAUAGCGCCAUCCAAGUUCUUGACUCUGUCAAUAUCACCCUGGGCGCUGAAUAUGAAUUAAAGCAUGCAGUAGGAACUGUUCGGCCAGUAAGUGUGGCUUUUGAGGUUGUAACUGGUUUUCGAUUUUAUAAAGGGGGAGUUUACACCAGCACCAAAUGUGGCAAUAGUCCAAUGGACGUGAACCAUGCUGUUCUUGCUGUUGGUUAUGGAGUUGAAAAUGGUGUCCCGUACUGGCUCAUUAAGAACUCAUGGGGAGCUGACUGGGGUGACCAUGGCUACUUUAAAAUGGAGAUGGGGAAGAACAUGUGUGGUGUUGCAACUUGUGCCUCCUACCCUACGGUUGCUUAAGUGUUAUUGAAUGAAGAGUGGAGUUGCUCAAUGGAACGAGUAGUCUUGAACCUGUCUUGCUCAAGUUUAGUUUAUCUAAGAUUGUGGUAUAGAUUGAUGUUGUGCAAAGAUGGUUGUAGCAUGUUCUAAAAAAAUAAGACUUAAGCAAAAAGUGAUCCUUUAAAAACGGUGAUUUUCGUGUAAACAUAUAAACUUUAUGUAAAUUAUCUUAUCAAUGAUCGAUGGGACAUCUCUCAUUUUAUAUA